CAUGACCUAGUCACACCUGUUUAGUAUGACAGAGGAAAAGCUUUGAGUGGGAUGUACUUGAAAUACAAUAAUGGUGAAAUUCCAUCAUGGUAAGGUCAUUUGAAGAGUGACCCAUGAGAAGAAAGAAAGUGGAUUUAUCUUGUAGGCUUUUAUUGAAGAUCCCAGGGCUGGCUCCUGGACUGUGCUUAUCAUGCCACCUCAAGUGAUGCUGGACUGUUCUGAUGGGAGCAGACUGAGUCCACAGCUAUCAGGAUCCCUUAGGAGGAGAAAUUCAUCCAGACCCAGCAGCCAAGAACUAGGCAUAAAGUGUGUCCUUGUUGGAGAUGGUGCGGUGGGCAAGACCAGCCUGGUGGUCAGCUACACUGUAAAUGGUUACCCGACAGAAUACCAGCCGACUGCCCUAGACACAUAUUCUGUUCAAGUGCAAGUGGAUGGGGCACCAGUACGAAUCCAACUUUGUGACACUGCUGGACAGGAAGACUUUGACCACCUCCGCUCACUAUGCUAUCCCGAAACCGACGUCUUUCUGGUGUGCUUCAGUGUUGUGAAUCCUAGCUCCUUCCAAAAUGUAACUGAGAAGUGGAUUCCAGAAAUCCGUACCCACAGCCCACACACGCCAGUGGUUUUGGUGGGAACACAGACUGACCUUAGAGAUGAUGUCAAUGUGUUGAUCAACCUAAAUAAAUAUCACGUUAGACCUGUGACGGAGUCUCAAGCGCAGGCAGUGGCACAGAAGAUAAGAGCUCAGACAUAUGUUGAAUGUUCUGCAUUGACUCAGAAAAAUCUUAAAGAGGUAUUUGACACCGCCAUUCUCAGUGCCAUUGAACACAAGGCAAGGCUGGAAAAAAACUGAGCUCAAAGGGUUUUUUAAAAGACUUUCGCAAGUGCCGGUGGGGAAGAAAUAUUUCUGCUUUGUUGAACCCAUUAUGUACAUAAGACAGACAAUGAGUACUCAAUUUGGGGUUUCAACACAAAGAUGAGACCGCCUGCAGAAUUAAGAAGUUUUAGCAAGUGGUACAUUAGAUUUACUGUUGGACAUGUUUUAAGUGAAUCAAAAGGAUUAUGCCUUUUUAAAAUCUAUGCACCCAACAAUUCUAUAUUUUCAAUGAGAAUGUGCUCAAAUAUUCUGUCACGGCUGUUGUGAUAAGUUCAUUAAUUUGACGUUUAUCAGUUGUUGAAAUGUGAUAUGAAGUUUUAAUGCACUGUGAAUAUCAACACAAAAUAUACAUCUUAUUCUAAAGAAGUUGUCUCUGAAAGGUCCAAUGGCAAUUUCUGAAGUAUCACAUCAAUCAGGGUUCAGAAACUAGGUCCCAAACCAAUGUCUGUGUGAGGCAGUCCUGGUGCUCAUUUGUAGAGAAAUGAAUGGAAACCUAAAAAAAGCUAUCAUCAUAUGCCAUAGCCAUAUAAUUGUCUGGGUUGACUGUAGUCUCCUCCAUCAACAUGCCCGGAUGCGUUAAGUCAUGUUAUUUCUAUGAAAGUGGAGAGAUAAUGCCUCUGCUAACCACUUCAAGCAUUUCCCUAACCACCAAAGAUACAACAGAACAAAAUCCGACAUGUAAAAAUAAUAGCGUAAUAACCACCAAAGGACAAAACAGAAAAGAACCAACAUGAACACCAAAACCUCUACAAUGGGCUUCCUUUAGGCUCAUGCAGGCGUAACACCCCCUUCUGAUUUCAUGAGAGAAUUGGCUUUGUGGUGCCGCUGUCAAAAGAGCACCAGGACCAGCUCCUGCAACCUUUGAAAUAUCAGCAGAUACUCUCAUAGGAGUACCCUUUAAUAGCGCAAAUCAUUAACAGGUAUCAACUGUGAAGCUUCUAUAGAUGAUUGGUUUGGCAAUACUUGCAUGCAUGCCUUAGGAAUAUUGACACUAAAAUGUUCCUCAUAACAUCUAUUGUUCGCCCAAUACCACCAAUAUCACCAAUAUAUUUGCUGAUGUAUUUUCAGGUUAAAUUACCUCGCCUUAUGUAUCUCCUACAUGAUCAGUACAUUGUUCAUAGGGCAACUUGUUUCUGGUACGGUAGUUAAGAGAAUUGUUAAUCAUGGCUUUUCCUCUUAUGUACUUAUCAAAAGACAUCCUCAUGACUGCAGACCUUUAUUCCAGAAGAUGGAUCUCCUAGGGUCCAUCACACACUACUUCUUGAUUUUUAGCCUGAUGCAAAUAGCAGACGCCUGUACAGGAGUACAACUCAGUUCUGUUCUGCAUGAGCCCACAAAUCGGGCACAGUCCAUUAAGACGUGAAAGCUGUUAGUUGAAUGGUGGACCUAAGCAUGUUUGUUUUAUGGGGGAGUCGGAGACAUAGAAUUAUUGAAGGCAUAUGGACACCUUAAAGGGUGUCCAAGCUACAGAUAUUGGUGACCCACUGAUCUGAUAUGAUGACCUAUCAUGACUAAGUCAGUAUCUGUAGCCUGGUCAACCCCAGUUUGAGGUUUUGCUGAGCUUUCCAUCUACUGAUCAUCAAAAGAACAGAAUGUUCAACCAGAUGUGGCCUCAGUAGGGAUCUGCCAAGGAAAAUCUAAUGUCCAUGCAGGUGUAGACAAUUAUAGUAAAUGAUAUCAUCAAGUAAAUCCAUAUUCUUUAAAGAAUAAGAAGAUUGUAGUAAAGAAAUAUUGAAUGGAAAAGGCAGAGCUGUCAGAUGGUAAGAAGGAUGUUUGUAAGUAAGUGGAAAAGUAUGUAGAAAAGGAUUUUUAGAAAGUGAAAUAAUAGAAGAGUAUAAGAAUGCAAAAUGUAAUAUAAAGGAGAAAUCUAGUCUAGAAAAAUCUCAUCAUCCAGGAUUUCUGAUACAGUAUAAGUUGUCACCACAGUGAGGAAGAACACUUUUUUUAAAAAAGUUGUCAAGACUUUUAGUAAGAAAAGCACUGAAAUGUUAUCUAUCUGUAUGCCAUAGCGGCAGUUUGCUUGGGGCUGGAUUUCUCCUUUAAGUGAGAGGAUGGUCAUGAUGAGAUCCGAAUUACAAGUAACUAUGGAAUGAAAUUUAAAGGGAAGUGUUUCCCACAUUUUUUUGUAUUGAAUAUAUGGGCAUGUUGUUACCAUCUAGGUAAAUUUACAUGAAAUGCAGGUUUCCACUCUGCUCUUUAUGGCCACCUCUGGUAAAGUAGGUGGGCAACUUAAGUCCCUGGCACCACCAGUACUGUGGGUCAGGGUACUACCAUAGUAUGUAUUGAGAACAAAUACUGGUCAUAGAGGGCAAACAUUAGCCAGUCAGUUGCCAGCCAGAACGCAUAAUUUACCUACCUGGCAUGUUAAUCUCUAAUAGUCAAACCUACCGAUCUGGUUCUACAGCAUCCUACGGCAUUUAUAGAUGGCUGUGGUAUGUGCUUCUUAUAGAAGAAGGCUUUAAAAGGCCGGCCUGCCCUUCAAAUAACACACCUUGUUAUGUCAAUAUUAAUAUAGGAAUUUAAGAGUAAAAAACCGGUUUCCAAUGUCCCUCCUAUGUAUAUAUUUGUAUAAAUGUAAUGUUACACAGUGGUGGCUGUACCAAGAAA